AUGAGUCCUCAAAACAACCCUUCACAGCAGCAGUCUGAGGGGCCUGCGAGUACCGCUAGUCGGUCUCCGUCACCCGCACAACCUACAGAAGACUCAAAUAACUCGCUACCUGUCCUACUCCAACGAGCUCAGACUAAUCGAUUCACUGCUUAUGACCUCCGCGGCUUCGUUGCCCUCUCCGAGCCUCCAAUAUUCCUCUUUGGCUCCGUCAUGUUCCCGUGGGUCCUCAGUAUGGUCCUUGAGCACGACGAUCCUCGGCAGAUAGCAGAGUUGAUGACUCCUGGCAUCAUUCGAGGAUACGAAGCGUAUGAGAUCGAGCAUGCGUAUAACACGACCCUGGUGCCAUCAAGUAACCAAACGAAGCAACUCAAUGGCCUAGUUCUCUUUGGACUCAGUCAGGCGGGCGUAGAGGCCGUGGAGAACUACCUCGGGUUGGAUCCACCGAGCUAUCUUCGAAAAGAUAUUGCUGAUGUAGAGAUUAGUCUGUCGGGAGGAGAGACUCGGACCAUUGGGGCUGUCUGUUAUCCCUGGAACGGGGCUCGAACACUCCUGCGGCCGUGGUCUAGAGCUACAUCGACGAAGUCCACAUCGAACGUCUCAUGA